AAUAAACAUAAUAAAAUCGAAAAUAUGAACCCAACUUCAAUCAUCCCCAGAAGUAUUGUUUCCAAGCAAGUCGCCAGAAUGGCUAUAUCCUCACCAGGAGUCUGUUCUUCCAGUGCUACUCAAUGCAUCAAACGCCACUUUGUAAAGGACUCUGGAGAGCAACCAUCAACCUCUGGUACUACCGAAGAAAUAAAGAAUACCGACACUGCCUUUGACAGUACAGUCGAUCCCAAAAAAGAAAUUAAAAAGAUGGAUAAAGAAACCGACAAACCUGGAUCACCUUUGGAACGGAGCGGUGCCAAUGAAAAGGCCACGCCAACCACUUCAAGAAAACAAUAAUCUCUUUUCGUUAGAAAAAAACGAAAAGGAAAUCAUUAUUAAGACAUUAGCUUGGAGUAGUGUAUUGAACAAAAAACACCGAUUUUGCAGCCACAGUCUUCACACCUACAAAGUAUUGACUAUAGCCUUGUGUAUAUAAGUAUAUAAAAUAAAAAUAAAAAUAAAAUCCAAGGGCUUUUUAUUAUUACUAU